AUGUGGCGCUCAUUGCUCGCCGCUCCACGGCUCUCGACUCCCGCGCCCCCUCCCGCCGCCGCUGCCGCUCGACGCGGCCUCCGCGCCCUCGUUGCGCGCUCUCGGAAGGACGUGCCCGAGGGCGAGGCCGCAUCCAGCCUGGUUGAUGUCGCGGCGGUCUCUGCGCUGCCAAGGCAGGACCCGAAGGCACGCGACAUAGAACACUCGUCCAUCUACCGGUGGUGCCGCGCGAGCCCAUUCAUCCACGCCGCAGUCCGCGUCGCCCGCAUCGACUACGCCGGCGUCGUCGCGCGCUCCUCCUCCCCGCUGUGGCGCGAGGGCGACGCUGCGGGGCAGUACUUUGACGGCGGCUACGCCGAGCGCGCCACGCUGCCGUCGAGCGACGAGCCAUGCUGGCUCGUCGCAGGCGAUGAGGUCGAGGAGCCGAUCGGAGCGUCGCAGAGGCUGCCGACCACUGCCGUUCGCCCUCGGGCCCAGGGGUGGAAGGCAAGCUUCCUGGCGUUUCUGGCGAGCGUCCAGACGUCGCAGAGCAUCCGGCAGGCGCGCAGCGACCCAAAUUUUUGCUCACCGCACGGCCGUGCGAGCCGUCGGUCGGUGGUGAUGCAGCACAAAACGCGCCAACUCAAAGACAGCGCCGUGAGCGUGAGGGCGCGAACCAACUGCAACUCCCCCUACUGCGACUCGCGCGUGAUGGCGAAGCCCAAGACGCAGUGGCCAAAGUCGAGCGCCGCGAUGCCGUUCGUGGCUCCGGCCGAGGCGAGGUGGUACCGCUCGUAG